CAAUAAUUUUGUCGCAGAAGUCUUCCUCAAUUAAUUGGCUUUUAGCAUUUAAAUAUCAUUUCCCGUCUGUAUCCAGAUGGGAAGAAUGGGACACAUAUUAUAUAAAAAAAAAAUAGCAUUUCCCUUCCAGAUUUAGAGGAAAUAAAGUCCACGAAAAUCGUCUGUAUACUGAUAAGGGCCCUGCAUUAUUAGAUACCUGUUCUACUCCAUCAUUUUGGGUACCUGAAUCAGUGAGAAUUUGUUUCAUUUUAGGGAUUUAGUAGCAAGAGAAUACUCGGCAUGGCCGAAUCCAAUGGCUCCGAGGCAUCGCUGACGUUCAGGGAGGUGAAAACCCGCUUUCAAGCUGUAGACGCAGCAAACAUCAAUGUUUUAAUCGGCACCAUCAAAAUCAUCUUGAAAAGAAAGACAUCCCCAAAGCACCAAGAAGAUAAUCCAAACAGAAGUUCUGAAAUUACAACCAACACAGAGAAGCUGCCCAUGUGGGCUUCAUUUAUACAGAGCGGAGUCACUUUUUUGUCUUCUGUCAACGAUCAUAUGAAGAAAUAUUUUAAAACGGUAGAUCCGUUCAGAUCUCGUGGCCAAGUAUUAUGCGUUAUAUCAGACAUACUUGAAGCAGUAGGAAAAAUUCAUUGGGUACUAGCAGGGCUAUCCGUGAUAGGGCAUUUGCUCACAAAAAUCGCUGAAAUGUCAGACAACAGAGAUGAAUGUUUGCAUCUCUUGCAAUACAUGGUUGACCUUGCCGACCAUAUUAUCAAAUUAAGCGGCCUGGUCCCACAGGAAAGGGAGAAGCUUAAAAAUGCUCUUGUAAUAAUUGUUAAGGGAUCCAUGCUCUGCGCUAAACAGCUUUACUCUAAUACUCUUUUCAGGUUUGUGAAAAGUUCUCUAGACAUGAAGAAUUUGAGCAGCCUCCGUGCAGAAAUAAACGUUCUCUAUCCAGACCUUCAGUUGACAGCUGUAAUCGCCAUGAUGCAGCAGCAGCCCGAAAGACUACCUGUAGGGAAGACGGAUUAUCCACCUAAUGCAGUUGGAAUUGAAGAACGAGAAAGAAAAGUAGAGGAAUUGCUGCACAUGGAUCCAAGAGACGAGUCCUUCAGGGCUGUGGUCAUUUAUGGCAUAGGUGGGAUUGGGAAGACAUUUCUUGCUAAGGCUGUACAUUCAAAAUUAAAUCUGAACGGCUACAACUACUGUAGAGUUUUAAUGGAUAUAGAUCCUCAGAAAAAUGACAUAAAAAAGAAGCAGGAGCAGAUUUUGAAGGAUGCUUUCCCCAGCUACAACUGUGGAAGAGCAAUAGAUUUGAGAGACCAAGAAGAAGGUAGGGAGCAUUUAAGAAGAGCUUUUCAAGAAUCGAAUAAGCCUGUGUUUCUGUUUAUUGACAAUGUUCUGGGAGCAGAAGACCUCAUAGAGCUUUUGCCACAAGACUUGGAACGCUUUGGCAAGCAUAUUAGACUUCUUUUAACAACAAGAAACUUGAAUAACACCAAUAUGUUCAAGAAAAGGUUUCGCCAUGGAUAUCUUGUCAAACCCCUCCCCAACAGCGAUGCAAAGAAAAUUCUUUGCAACGAAACAGAGAAUCUUAUUCAUAUCAAAGAUGAUGUUGACAGGAUCCUGGAAAUUUGCAAUGGAGUACCUCUUGUUCUUAAGAUUGUUGGUGCUCAUUUGGAAAAUCAGGAAUACAAGGUGAAGAAUUGUAGUCAGUUACUAAAUGCUUUGGAGAAAGGGGAUGAAAUUAGAGAACAGAAUCUGAGCGAAUGUAUGGUAGAUUUUGUAUACAAGAAGUUUGAAAAUUUUACCCAAGAAGCAUUUUUGGACAUAUGCUGCUUCUUUAAUGGUAUGUAUCGUACACUUGUGGAGUCCGCUGUUGGAUCGCAGGCACUCAAAGCACUUGAAGAUGCCGCAUUGAUCACAACUAAGCUAGAAAAAGAAUAUUACGCCCCAAUGCAGGAGAAUGAGGAGAUCGUAGUUGUUCAUGAUGUGAUCAUAGCAAAAGGGCAAAACAUGGCAAAAUCUACCAGACUCAGAGAUAUCAAAUCUUUUGAAACCGCUGUAGAAGAAAAGAGGCUCGAGAAUAUCAAAGGAAUUGAACUCUGGUGCGACAAAGACCCAUCUUCUUACAUCUUAAAAAGACAGCACUUAAAUUCAAUGAGCAAAUCAUUACGAGUUCUGAAAUUGGGACCGAACAUCAGCGUCAGCCAUGAGAGUAAAAUGGGAUUUCCAGAAUUGAGAUAUGUUUAUCUGGAUCACAAUAUUCCUUUUGUACCCUUCAAUUCAAAGGCCCUGACGAAAUUGGUUGUAUAUGUUGGUCCUCUCCUCAAACGUGGUCUUAGCAUUUACAUGUUACCGGAAAAUUUACGCCAGAUCAGCACAUUCCAGUCCGAUGAGAAAUGCAGAAAUUGGGAUGAAUCAAAACCAAUGCAGGUGGCUCCAAAGUCUUCUCUACAAGAGUUGUCUUUAACUUCUUUUUCAAUGAAGACGCUACCAAAGGGACUUCAGGCUUUCAGUGCAUUGAAAACUCUCACGUUAGACGAUUGGUAUGAAAUGGAGGAGCUGCCAGAGGUAAUUUGUGGACUGCAUUGGUUGAGUACACUCAGUCUGGUUAAAUGUAGCUUGAAACAUCUUCCACAGUCGUUUGGAAAUCUUACAAGUCUAACGCAUUUGUCGUUAGAAGCUUGUGACAGAUUAGAAGAACUGCCUUCCAGCUUGCAAAAGCUGAAAGCUCUGCGUUUUUUAAACCUGAAGAGAUGUACUUCUUUGAAGAAAUUGCCUUCCAACUUUGGGGAACUUAGGGCUUUACAAGGCCUGAAUAUGAAGAAAUGUGUUCGCUUAGAUGAGAUACCAGGAUUUAAGAAGCUCACAGCACUAAGAUAUUUGAAUAUCCAGGAUUGUCCAGCAUUAAGGCGCGACUUUAGUAGCGCGCAUAAGGACUUGCAAAUUGAAGAAAAAGGAAGUGAAGAGGAAGAGGAAUUACCCAAUAGAUCACGUAUAAGAUGUCACGGUAUGCCAAGUCACGGUAUACCAAUACUAAUACAUGAGUUACUACUACAGGGUGCACCAAAACUUGAUAUGCAUAAUAACAAAAUACAGAGUAACAAUAGAGGAAAGUGGUCACUAGUUGUGGGGAGUGUUAUAAUGUUGAGUUUAUCUAGGUAUUUAUACUAUCAAAUGUUGUUAAUAGAUUCAUAUUUGGACACAUGAAAAUUUAUGAAUGUUAUAUAGAAAGAGAAUAAAUGUAUUUAUCAACUAGUAAACUAAUAUAAUUUUGUUUUUAAUAAAAAAUCAUAAUUAUUUAUA